AUUAGGCCAUUCAUAGGCGUCUUUUAAAAGCCAGACUUUUGCAGCUGGACCAGGGUUGUACAAUGGGGAGCAGGAAAAACGGGUCGACCCCGCGUUGAGCCUUUAUGAGCGCGUGGCCCGCGAGAGGCGAGAUCCGCUGGACUGGGAGGCAGCCCAAGCAGAAGACACGUGUUAGGCGCUACAAAGUGAAGGAGGUUCCCCUCUCGACGUGUGUCGGAGAAGCGAAAGUUUCAUCAGAGACAAACCGCCCUCGGGCCGGAAGAAGCCAUGAGCCUGGGAACAACUUCUAGCUCUCUCACGGUGGGGCUGAUGCUAGUAAUGUGCAUCAACAGGUCCUUGAGCGUCCCCACUUUCAGAAAGGAGAGAGUCGUUCGUCCCGAUCCCGAACUCGGCAACCGGCAACACGAAGAUAACCAGAGCUUCCAGUAUGAUCACGAAGCCUUUCUGGGCAAAGAUGAUGCCAAAACUUUCGAUCAACUUAGCCCGCAGGAAAGCCAGGAACGGUUGGGCAAAAUUGUUGAUCGGAUCGAUGAUGAUAAAGAUGGUUUUAUCACAACAGAAGAACUGAAAAAUUGGAUUAAAAGAGUACAGAAACGUUACAUUUUUGAAAACGUGGCUAAGGUCUGGAAGGAUUAUGAUCUUAAUAAAGACAAUAAAAUUUCAUGGGAAGAAUAUAAACAAGCAUCAUAUGGCUACUACUUAGAGCAUUCCAAAGAGUUCCAAGAUAUCACAGAGCAACACAAUUUUAAGAAAAUGCUGCCCAGAGAUGAAAGAAGAUUCAAACAAGCUGAUCUGGAUGGUGAUUUAGAAGCAACUCGUGAGGAAUUCACUGCUUUCCUUCACCCGGAGGAGUUUGAGCAUAUGAAAGACAUUGUUGUUCUAGAAACACUGGAGGACAUAGACAAAAAUGAAGAUGGUUUUGUGGAUCAGGAUGAAUACAUUGCUGACAUGUUUGCACAUGAAGAUGGGGGACCUGAACCAGAUUGGGUGGUAACAGAACGUGAACAGUUUGCAGAUUUUCGAGAUCUAAACAAGGAUGGAAAAAUGGAUAAAGAAGAGAUUCGACACUGGAUUCUUCCAAAAGAUUAUGAUCAUGCACAAGCUGAAGCAAGGCAUUUAGUUUAUGAAUCAGAUGCAGAUAAGGAUCAGAAGUUAACCAAACAAGAGAUUCUAGAUAAUUGGAACAUGUUUGUUGGAAGUCAAGCUACAAAUUAUGGAGAAGACCUCACAAAGAAUCAUGAUGAGCUAUAAUGUUUUUGGAAAAGCAAAUACAUCAGAGACUUUUGUCUAAGUUGCCUGUAGAUGACUAGAAUAACAAUGGUCAUUGUGGCAAAUUAAUUUUGCACCAGUAUAUACUUUCUUACAAAAAGCAAGUCUGUUAAUACCAUUGAAUGCCACAGAUGUCACUUCUUCUAAAUGCAUAUUUUAAUGAAUUCAUUGUAACUUGGGAAGUGCACUUUCCAUUUGUAGGUUGACAUACUUUCACUUCAAUCCUAAAUAUGUAACCUUGGAUUUAUCACUACAAUCAGUGAGAUUUAACCUGUGAAACAGUAAGAUAAACAGCCUCCCAUCUUACUACUUAACAUGUACUACAUCAUACUGUGUGUGGAGAGUUGGAUAAUUCAGUGCCCUUUCAUGGUAUAGUCAAACCCCCAUAUUUCAAAAAACAUGGAAUCUACCAAAUGUGUUGGGGUACAGCUCAUCCCCAAUCCACAUGACCAGUGGUAGACGAAAAGCUUGUCUUUCAUCCCUGCCAUUUAGGGAUUUCUUUGAUGUCAGAAUGUUUCAAAUGUUUUAUGAAGUGGUAGAAGUAUCAUAUAAGGCUACAUCACAUGAAGUAUACUAUCAUCAGAAUGCAUUGCUCAGGUUUUCAGUGAUAGGUCUAUACUCAGAACUAAGAUCUCAUCUCAGAAAGUUACACAACUCAUAAUGCUUUUGACAGAGAAAUGAUCAGCCCUGUCAUUUCCAAGAGUUAUUGCAAAGGAACCAUAAUCUACAACUUAGUCCCUUCCAGACUGAUGAGAAUGUGUGGAUUUGGAUGUAUAUAUAAACAUCCAAAUAAUAUAUAUAUUAUACAAAAAGCUCCAGUAUUUUCAUAAUGAAGAAAAUAUAUGUUACAUAGUUUUUUAAAAUUGUUCUUCUGAGAUGGGCAGGCAUUCUUGGAUCCCAAUUCUCAUAUUUCCUUCUAAUGGAAGUUGCAGUGUUAAAACAUCUGAAAGACACCAGAUUACCUUCUGCUGUUUGAAGAUGUAAUUUAUGGGACGCAUGUCUUGACAGCAGAAAAGGUGCUCAUUUUCCAUCUUCAUUUCCUCGUUACAAAGAAGUGUAUUGGUACUGAAAAAUAUGAAAGACAAAAGUACCACAGGGAAGGAGAAUUUGUACACAUCCCCAUUGAGUAUUUGCUAUUGGAGAAGGCUUGAGCACAGGCUGUUUGCUAUCUUGAUGUGGGAUCUUGUGAGGUAAAUUGCCACUUUUAGAUCUUUGUUCUUGCCUUAACUUACUCUAUUUUGUGUGGCAUAUAGACUAUUCCAGUAUUUUUGCCUUUAUGGACCAGUAGCCAUGAACAAUAAAUACGUUGAUUUUAAAAUCUCAAAAGUGAUUAAAAAGGCAUUCUCGAUCCCUGAUGGUGAACCUUUGGCAUGCGUGCCGGAAGUGGCAUGAAGAGCCAUCUCCAGGCACGCCAGCUGUCACCCAUUGCUCUUCCGGUUUCUGGCGCGCAUGGACGCACAAAGACCAGCUGGUCUUUGCAUAUGCAUGCGCGCCAGAAACCGGAAGACCAGGUGACCGGCACUCAUACGCGCACCAGAAACCAGAAGCUCAGCUUCCCGACGUGCGCAUGCGCUCCAGAGAGCUGCUCUUCUAGUUUCCAGAGCUCCCACGCGCAUGUGUACACUCCCGUUUCAGCACUCAGUGCCAAAAAGGUUUGCCAACACUGUUCUAGAUACUUUCUUUUCUAAUGCAAUUAGUGACUGUCUGUGGGGGGGGAGCCUUUCCUGUAAUAUUUUUAAUUCAUUUUCUGGCAAAAUUCAAUCUGAUGUGAAUGGGGAAACACCACAUACAAGUUAUAGGUGGCAACAAGAUAAAUUGAAGCCUUUGCCAACUUGACAUUCUCCACAUACUUUGGACUAUAGCUCACAUUAUCUACAGCAUGAGGAGAGACUAAGUGGAAAUUUAUGAAGCUGUAGUCAUAAUAUCUCUGAAGGUACCAGACUGAGAAAUAUUGGAACCCAAGCAUUGUGGUUUAAUCAAUCAAUCAUGGGCUUAAUGUUAUGUGAAUCCAGAUGAUUCUGGAAAGCUAUAUUCCUGCAAUGCAUCGUGUCAAUUGCUGCUGUUCUUCAGGAGUAAUAGUUUUUAGUCUGCAUGGAUGACAAAGAUUGAGCUAUUUUUUUUCAAAAGGCAGCUGGCUGUAUCUUAUGGGAGGAUACACCAUGUCAGAAAUGGGAAAGGGAUUGGCGCAAAGCAUUCCACUGUCCUUUCCUAGUGGAAGAGAAAAUCCCAGGCACUUAUUGGGAAAAAUGAUAACAGUUUGCCUUUGCAGAACAGGAAGUGCAUGUACUACCCUUAUUAGCUGAAAGAUAAAAUGGCUGCUAGGCCCUGGAGCAAUGUGUGAUUUCUAUUGGGCAAAACUAAUCCCAUGCAUAAUUUACCUGGAUACCUAUGGGUGACAUGCAGGAGUUAAUACUUUAUCUCUGCUGCCAACUAGUGGUCAUCUAAAUUAUUGCAGCUCAGAUAUGCCAUGUAGCAAAUGCAGCAUAUGAUUAAAACAGUUUUUAAAGAGUGGCUUACAUGACAUUCUUGGGGAAAUACCACUAAAUAUAUGGUUCAUUCAUAUAAUAAUGGUCUACCACAGUGAAAAAAUUCUUUGGGACAUAUAGAUAAUCAAACUUUCCGACACCUUUGUCCUUGCAUAUUCUCUGGUCCGUGCCAAGUUCUUCAUUUUCAGGCUUCAAUUCUCAGACUUUUCAAACAAUCAUAGUCUUUAAUGAUUGUUUGGGAUUUUUGGAAGCAGCAAGUAUAAUACAGCUGAAGAACAUUGGAUUGGAAAGAUGUUAAUUUUCGGAACCAAAGAAUAAUGGGAAAAAUGCAACAAAACUUAUGAACUUU